UAUUUAGCCUCUGAAGCUGCAGAGGAGCGACACUUUGACUUAGUAUCCCUUAAACGGUAGUCUACCUACUACCUAACAACUCAUUGUCUUUCUAUCUGGACAUCUAUUGAUAAUCUAACGGGUCUUCAAUCACCUCAACGACCUGUCAAUCAAUCGUCCUGUAGGAGAUUUUCUUGGGUUGUUGUAACACGUUUAGUGACUACAAACCUGUUUCUGUGUAGCUAGGCACCUAGGACAACUAACCACCAAGAUGUCGAUGGACGAGCCUGAGGAUCUGGAGAUGGAGGGAGAGGAGGGGAUAGACGCCAAGGAGCUGAAGAAGGAGCUGGCUGAGUCCAAGGCAGUUAAAGUGCUGAUGCUGGGUGCUGAGGAGUCGGGGAAAAGCACCAUCGUAAAACAAAUGAAAAUCCUCCACCAGGGUGGUUUUAAUGAGGAGGAGAAGGUGAUGUACAGAGGGGUGAUCUUUGGUAACAUCCUGCAGUCAGCUUUGUCCAUCGUCAGAGGCAUGAGCAUCCUGGAGAUCAAGUACGGAUCACCAGCCGCAGAGGAUGAGGGCAAGACGCUGGAGAACCUUUCCAACUCCACUGAAGAGGGCACCAUGCCUCCUGAGCUGGCUGAGUGCAUCAAGAAGCUGUGGCUGGACCCUGGCGUCCAGGAGUGCUUUGAGAGAGCAGCUGAAGGCUACCAGCUCCUCGACUCCGCUCACUACUUCCUCAGUGACCUUGACCGCAUCACCGUGGCUGACUUGACCCCCAAUGACCAAGACAUCCUACGGUGCAGGAUCACGACCGGCGGGGUUAACGAGGAGAGGUUCAUCUGYAAAGACAUCCAAAUCAGGAUGUUUGACAUGAGCGGCAGAAGAGAAGAAAGGAAGAAGUGGAUCCACUGUUUCCAGGGCGUCCAUUGCGUCCUGUUCUGUAGUUCCCUCAGCGCGUAUGACCUGGUGCUGCUGGAGGACGAGGAAAUGAACCGCAUGCACGAGUCUCUCCACCUAUUCAACAGUAUCUGCAACCACAGGUUCUUCGAGGACACCACCCACGUGCUCUUCCUCAACAAGAAGGACGUCUUCCAAGAGAAAAUCAAGCAUGUCCACCUCAAUGUCUGCUUCCCCGACUACGAUGGGCCAAAUACAUACGAAGACGCCAGUAACCACGUGAAGAUGCAGUUUGAGUCUCUGAACUUGAAGCAGGCGGAGAAACCCAUCUAUACCCACGUCACCUGCGCUGUAGACACACAGGACGUGAACCAGGCCUUCGACACCAUCACAGACGUCAUCAAAAUCAAUCUAAAAGACGCCGGGCUGUUCUGAGGCAGCUGCUGAUUGAAGAACUUCCUUCCUUCCAUCCAUCCAUCCGCCAACUCGUUGGUUUUAUUUGGCCACUGUGCUGAAGGAGGUGGACAGUUGGUGGACAACUGUUUAUCUGCCGUCACCACCUCAGAGCUCUGGUUCCUCGGACGCUUCCUCGACAUCAACAUCAUCAAGGCCAUUGGAUUGAAACAGAGUAUCAAAACAUUUGUAAAAAAAAGAAAAGAAAAAAAAAGGCUAAUUACAUAAGGCAGCAGCAGGCCGGCCAUAUGCUCUUCUUUGCGUGAGGCAUUGGGACAGCACUUAAAUUGUGGAAUGUACCUUUAAAUCAAUGAAGCUAGUGUUUUUGUCUUACCUUCAGUAGUCUCCUGUGGUCUCCAUUUUAACGUUAAAAAGUUAUAAAGUAAACAGCUGAAAUKUCAAUAUUUCUAAAUUCUAUUUUAAUCCAUUUUAAUAGAAUAAUAAGCUUACACRUUGUAAAUAAUAGACCAAUCUUUAUUUUAAGAAAGACAUCAGAAGUACUGUGAGAAAGAAGGGAUCUUUGUUUUUGUGAUGUGUAACCACAUAAAAUAAAGAUACAUAUACUUCCCUG